AUGCACUUCUCCACCAUUGUCACUGUCAUCGCCGCCACCAUGGGCAUGACCGCCAACGCCGCUCCUGCUCUCCAGGCGCGUCAGAACUGUCCCGCCAACCAGCACGCCAAGUGCUGCAAUGCCCUCGUGCCGACCCUCCUUGGGGGCAUCAUCGUCUCAGUCGGUCUCGGCUGCAUUGAUCUCAUCGCUGGCUCCUGCGCCGCCCAGACUGCUUGCUGCUCCCAACAGAAUAACAACGGCGUUGUCGUCAACGUUUGCGACGUCCUCUAG